AUGAAUUCUACUGUUUUUGAAAAGUGGACUUCCGAAAAACUCAUUCCGAAUCUUCCACCAAAUGCUGUAGUGAUUCUAGACAAUGCCAUCUACCACACUGUUCAAGUAAAUAAAUGUCCAACUAUGGCAAGCCGAAAAGGAGAAAUUAUCCAUUGGUUACUUAACAAAAACGUACAGUUCUCUCCAGUUUUACGGAAAGUGACGUUAAUAGAGCUUGCGAAACAAAAUACUCCUAAAGAAAAGUCAUAUAAAUUUGAUUCGAUUCUCGAAAAACAUGGUUUUACGGCUCUACGUCUGCCUCCAUACCACUGCGACAUUAAUGCAAUUGAAUUCGUAUGGAGUGAAAUAAAGCAAUUUGUUCGGAACUGCAACACAACUGGAGACAUGGAAAUGAAUAAAUUAUUAAAAAUUACAAAAGAAGCUCUUGAAAGCGUAACGAUAGAAAAAUGGAAGAAGUACACUACUCUCGCGUAG